UUGUGCAGCGCGCAUGCGCGCGAGAGAGACAGGCUGGGCGUAGAGGGGGGGGGGGGCCUUAUCCACUAAGAAAUCCACUAAGAGCCUUUACUCCCCGUUCUUCUUCCCUGCACCAAUCCUGGUGAGCAGUCUGUGAAAGGUGCUCUCAGUUCACAAGCAGAAAGGAUCUUUGGAAGGAUCCAGAUGCAGAAGGAUGGACAGCUGAAGAUGCUUCGGUAGCAGGACCACUUCAAAAAUAAAGUCCGGGGUGCUUUUUUCAUCAUCAUGUUUGGCUCCUCUCGGGGUGGUGUGAGAGGUGGGCAGGAUCAGUUCAACUGGGAAGAUGUGAAGACGGAUAAACAAAGGGAAAACUACCUGGGGAAUUCCCUGAUGGCUCCCGUGGGCCGGUGGCAGAAAGGCAAGGACCUCACGUGGUACGCCAAGGGGAAGAAAGGGGACGCCCCUGUCUCGCGGGAGGAAGAGCUGGCCGCGAUCCGGCGGACGGAGGAGGAAGCCAUGAUGGCAGCUUUAGGUUAUAAGAAUGUCAAGAAGCAGCCAACAGGCCUCAGCAAAGAGGACCUUGCCGAAGUCUGCAAGCGCGAUUCAGCAGAACGGGACGAGAAGAGCGUGGAUCGUGUGAUGGGGCUCGGGAGCUCGAGAAGCGCUGGUGGCAGGAUGAUGUUUUCCAAAGAAGACAAAGAAGCAGCGAAACUGGGCCUUUCCGUCUUCACGCAUCUUCGAACAGCAAGUGGUCCAGAGAUUUUGGCCCCGAAAAGAAAACCAGAGGAGGAAGAGGAAGAACCGCGGCCAGAGAGCGUCAGCAAGAAAUCCAAAAAGAAAGAGAAGAAGAAGAAGAAAAAGAAAAAGCACAAGAAGGAAAAGAAAACAGAGAAAGAGAAACGGCAGAGAAAAAGAGGCUCUCCCUCUUCCUCCUCCUCUUCCUCAGACGACCGGGCGAGAAAAAGACAACCCGCUCCUUUGCCUUCCGAGCGCCAUCCAUCAUCCUCCCGGCAGGCUGGAGCCAGCCUCCGUGACAGCCAUUCAUCACCUGCCCGAGGAGAAGAAAAAAGACUCAGCAGGCGGCAGAGGAACAGCUCGGCUUCCCCUGGUGGCACGAAGGAAAUGGCCAAGCUCAGAGGGAGGGAACGCCGAAGCAGCAAAGAGGGUGCCAGCCGGGCUUCCCCUCCCAGAGACAAAAGCCAAGGGGCCCGGAAGCCGAGACAAAGCCGGUCCCCACCUGCGCGCGUAGCCAGGAGGAGGCACGACACGGAUUCUGACGACUGAGCCCUGGCCAGAAUCGGAACUCUUCGCGCAGUCCAUUUUCUGCGAAUCGCCGUACUCUCUUGCCGGCUGGAUUCCGAACGGCUGUGUUCCUUUUCGGAGAGGCUGCUUCUGGUCUGCCGCCUCUUGGUUGGUGCCGAGAGUGGAGGAGAAGACCCGGAGUGCCCGUGUCCCCAAAUGCCCCGUGGGAACAGAGUUUGGGGAAGAAAUUGGACCAAGAAAGUUGUAGCAGUGUUUGAGAUGAUACAGACCAGCUUCAGAAAGCAAGGAAGGGUGACCUGGUAGAACAGCUUUGCUCUCUUAACACCAUCUAAGCAAAUUCAUGUUAAAAACAAGAUGCUGCGUCGAUCUAUUUUUCAAACAAAAGAAUGCCGAGUUGUGCUUGAAUGCUUUUUUAAACAAAUGCCAGAGAGGAGGAGUGUGUGGAAUAAUCUCAGAUCCAAUCCCUGUGGUUUAUUAAGUCUCUGAAGCCAUUUCCCUCUUAGAUUUGAGGAAGCCAAACCAAUUUCAGGCCAGCAAAGGUCCUGAUCCGCGAGCAGCCUUCCUUGAGAUACAGACCGAUAGCAUAUUUGCCAGAAAAUGCUUUCUUUUCCAUUGGGUGUUUUAAUAUUGAUAAAGAGAAUAGAUGGAACACCGAAAUCAAAAGGUCAGAAAAAAAAAUCUUAAAUGUGUAAAAACUCGGAAGGCUAACUCGUUUGUGGCCAGAUGCAUCAGUUGGCAACCUCAGCAGCUAUUAUUGUUGGCUAGCAACAUAGAUAGGAUGUAGGCAUUUAAUGAUGUGGCCUCCGGCCCAACCAAUACAGUGGACCCUCGACUUACAGACGGCUCGACUUACAGACUUUUCGAGUUACAGACUUCUCUGGCUG